AUGCGUUCCUUCAAAUCUAAUUUGCGAUUGGGAGAGUUUAGUGGAUCCCUUGGUGAUCUGGGGACGCUCUUGCCUAUCAUGCUGUCGCUUUCACUCACGGGUCAGGUUGACCUCACUGCUAGUUUGAUUUUUGGCGGUCUCUGGAACAUUCUCACUGGCCUGACUUUCAGGAUGCCCAUGUGUGUCCAGCCUAUGAAAUCGAUUGCUGCAAUUGCUCUUACGAACCACAUGUCGAUUGGAUCGGUGAUGAGUGCCGGUAUGGGAGUGUCAGCAGUGGUCAUGGUCCUUGGUUUGACCCGUACCAUCCACUAUGUUCAAAAGUAUACCCCAAUGUCGGUCAUCCGCGGUAUUCAGCUCGGUACUGCCAUCUCAUUUGGAACCAAGGCUGCAGAUCUAGUCAAGCAGGCCAAGAGCUUUGGAGGGGAGAGUUGGACCUGGGAUAAUAACUAUGAAUGGGCUGUCUUUGCCUUUAUUAUUGUUUUCAUCUUUUAUUACCGAUCCAAACGUAUCCCGACUGCAAUGAUCCUCUUCACUAUUGGGCUGAUCAUCGCAUUCAUUAAAUUAUACACCAACCCUCCUCCCGAAGCUGUUUACCCCAAGAUUGGCGUUUACACUGUUCGUGUAACAGUCCCAACUUGGGAGGAAUUCAAACAUGGUUUUGUCUCUGCAUCUCUUGGUCAGAUUCCAUUGACCUCUUUAAACUCCGUGAUUGCAUUAGCAGCCUUAGCUAAGGAUCUGUUCCCUGAACGCCCUACGGGCACACCUACGAUUGCAGUUUCUGUAGGGAUGAUGAACUUGGUUGGAUGCUUCUUUGGAUCAAUUCCUUUUUGUCAUGGAUCAGGUGGCCUUGCUGCGCAAUAUCGAUUUGGAGCCCGCACGGAGGUUUCGAUCAUCAUCCUUGGACUACUCAAAAUCUUCUUUGGAUUGUUUUUUGGCUCGUCGCUCUCGGGAUUGAUUGCGAGUUAUCCUAGUGCCAUCUUGGGAGUGAUGUUGUUUGUCAGCGGUAUCGAAUUGGGUGCUGUCGCUCGAACGGUCAACGAUGGUAUCUACGAUGACCGGAAGCGCCAUGCCAACUUUAUUGUUAUGAUUACGACUGCAAGCAUGUUGGUAGGCUUUAAGAAUGAUGGUAUUGGUUUCUUGGGAGGUUUGGUCGCAGCAGUUUGCUUUUACAUUGGUUCAAAGUACAUGGGUCGUAUGGAUGAUGAGGAUAUCCAGACCUUAACAGAAGCGCAGGGUCAGGGACAAGGUCAGGAACAAGGUCAGGAACAGCACCCAAUUGGGGGACAACUGCAGCAGCAGCAACAGCAAGGCGAGGAUCCCUCGACUAGUAAGGCUUCUGUGAGUGGAAAAGCAAAGGACGCUGCACAGGAAGAGCCACAAGUGAACAAGACCAUCAAUGUCUAA